GUGACAGUUUCGUGAUAUAAGAAUUGAGGUUAUGUUAUUUUUGUGAUAAAAGGACUCCCAAAAAAUGGCAACAAAUUACGCAAAAUACGCUCAACUCAUCAAACACUCGAGCAACUACGCGCAGCGAAUGAAGCGCCUAUCCAACCGCAUCUUCGGCGAGGUGGCUAUACCCACAAAUCCCAAAUCCAUGAAGGUGGUAAAGAUGUUCUCAGCGAAGCCGGUCCACACGAAUGAGGAGAUCAUCCACUACUACCCGCGGCACGUGGAGACGCACGCGCUGGUGCUGCGCCUGCGCGAGUACGGGCUGUUCCGCGACGAGCACCAGGACUUCAAGGAGGAGAUGAAGCGGUUAAGGGAACUGCGGGGGAAGGUGAAGGUGUGGCGCCGGUACGCUGACAAGGAGAAGACGGAAUAGUGUCGCGUUGG